CUACAGGUCUUUCCCGGAAACUUCGAUCAAAAUGGCAUCGUAAAAAACAGUCUACAGGAAUUUGCAAGUGCAAAGUUUAUCCGCUUUCAACCCACAACAUACAGUGGCUUUAAAGCUUUGCGAGUGGAAGUUUAUGGGAUACUUCUGACAAAAGGUAUUUAUUUGCUCUUGUGACAAAAAUGAGAUAAAAUUGAAAUCGCAUUAAUAACCUAUUUUUGGAGGGCAAGGUUAGGUAAUUGUGCAGAGCUAUCUCACUGCGAGUUAUAAAUUCUCCAAUAUUGAUAGGGCCUUGCAAUUGGUCAGGUGAGAGGUUUUUGAAAUAACUUUAGAGCUGACCAUGAGAGAAAUCGAAAAUCGAUUAAUGUGAUUAAUUAAUUAAUUAAUCAAAUCCUUCAGGUUUUCCUUUUGCUAUAUUAAAAAAAGUUUUCCUUAGAUGAUUAUUUGUGCUUGAUACGAAACAGUGUCUGAUGUGAUGGUAGCAUUGUACAUUGUAGAUUCUGGAGCCCAGUGGGUUGCCAUUGCAACAUAAUCAUUUGUCUCUUAUUUUUUAUAGCACAUCUUCACACUCAGAAUAUUAAUAGUGUAUAUCUAAUGUGUAUAGACAGUCCUUACCCAUUUUCAAUGAUACUCCACUUUGAUCUGAGGAAUAUCUAAGGCUCUCUAAACUCACGAGGAUGAUUAAUCUACAUUGAUGUCAAUAAAUCAACUAAGAAUUAUAACAAAUAACUGAUGUUGUUUAUUUCAGUUCCAUCACAACCUCCUACUGGCUUCAAGUUAAGUGCAGGCUCUUCUACCAGUAUUACAGCUUCCUGGCAGUUACCACCAGUCUUUUCAAGACAUGGAAGAAACAUUACAGGGUUUAAACUUUUCUAUAAAAGGAAAGCUUCUGGUGGGCCAGCAACGACUGUGACUGUUAGAAGUGGAUCAAUAAUAAGUAGAACUGUCACUGGGCUCGAUAAGUACACAAAGUAUGAAUUUGAAGUGUUGGCCUUCACUUCUGAUGGUGAUGGACCGAAGAGCACUGUUGAGGUGGAGAGAACAAAGGAAGCUGGUAUGUGAUAGAUGAAGGUGAAAGGAAAAAAUGAUGAAAGUUUUUGGUGAAAUAAAUUUCCUUUGAUCUGCGGAUGAAAUCAAGGAAACAAAUUAUCCGCCCUGGUGAGUUGCAAUCUCAAGCAAUUGCAGAAAAGAAGCCUGAAAAAAUUUGUGCUUCCAUGGGAUUCAAACCCGUGCCUCCCAGACACUAAAUAGGUGCUGCUAUCCACUGAGCAGUGAAGCCACAGGUUGGGUGGGAGGCAACUUCCUGGAGAGUUCCUUGUUUUUGUAGUAAAAAUUAUAACAGGACCAGUGAGGCCUUACGUUCUAUACAUUUUCUCAAUUACAGCUCCGUCACAAGCCCCGAGAAACUUCAGUGCGAUAGCAGUUACAUCUACAAUUAUCACAGCAUCCUGGCAGUUACCACCUGCAGACUCCAGAAAUGGAAUUAUUAAAGGAUUCAAACUUUUUUACAAAAGGAAAGGUUCUGCUGAAUCACCAACCAUCUCGCCUAUCAAUAACGGAACAGAAUUUAAUAGAGAUGUCAGUGGGCUUGUUAGCAAUACAAAAUAUGAAUUUGAAGUGUUGGCCUUUACUUCAGUUGGUGAUGGACCAAAGACUUUUCCCGUAGUGGUGAGGACCAUGAAAGGUGGU